AUGAAAACUAUCCUAAGACUGCCUAAAUAAACUUCAGAUAGUUUUAUGGAAAUGUUAUUAUAAAAAAUGGAAAUAAUGAAUAAAAUAUCGAUUUAAAGAGUUUACAAAAAAGCUUUAGACAGAGGUUUCAAUUUAUAGUCAAAUAUACAAGACUUAAUUGAUCAUUUAGAUAGAAUCAUCUAAAAAGGAAAAAGCAAACUAUUAAAUACGCUUCCAAAAAAUUUAGAAUACUUGUUCAAAUUUGGAUAGUGUUAUUGUACAAUUCAUAAUAAUUAAAGAAUUACUUUCAAGCAUAUAUUAUAGGAUCAUUUAGGUCUCACCAACUAAAUUUUCUUAGAAUAAUUAAUAUCAAAUGGAUUAAAUGAUUAUGUCAAGGACAGGAUAAUGAACAAAAUCGAAUAAUUAUAAAAAAUAAUACUUUAUAGAGAAGAGAAUUUGAAUAUUUAUAUUAGUAUCAUUCCCUUAAAAAAUAGUGAAAUAAUAAUAAUAAUUGGUUUUAGUUUUGAUUAAACUUACAUUCCACAAAAUUAUUUUGAUGUUAAUCUUAUUGUUUGUAUUAAAUUUAAUUCUCAUAGAGUUAAUUGUAAUAAUAUUUUGCUUCAUUUUCGCUUAGAAAAUGCUAAAGCUGCCUUUUGCUCUUUUCAGGAGUUAUUAUACUCAAUUAAUUUAAUUAAUAAUAUUCCUGUUUGCAUCUAUGAUGAAUUUGAAAUGAAAAUCUACAUAUCCAAAUAAAUUUUAAUGUUAUUCAAUAUGAUUGUCAAUAAAGUCGUUUCCUCAGAAGACUAAAUAAUUAUGCUUUCAUUAUACUUUAACAUUGAUUUAAAUUUUCAAUAUUUUUACAGAAGAAUCAAUAUUAGCUUAAAUUAAGAGAAUUGCUUUGGACUUGAUAUUUCGAAUUCAAACUAUAUAUUGAUUUCAAAAAUAAGUGACGUAAAAUAUUAAUUCAAUAUAAUAACGUAGUAAUUCAAUUUUUGGAAUGUAAAAUUUCUAGUUUGAAAACAAAAUAAUAUAUUUCAACAAAUUAAAUAAAAAGUAAAAUAGAUUCAUAAAACGUAGGUGAUAUUUAUCUUUUCUCAAAUUACUAUAUAUUACGAAUAGUAUAAUUUUUGUUAUAUAUUGAAUAUUAGGGCAUUACAAUUGAAGAGGCCAAUCGGUUAGUUGGAUCAUUAAAAUCUUUAUAUACAGGACUUGUUCUGAAAGAGUAUUACUUACCAAAAUUCAAAUCUGCCAGCUUUAAAAGUGAGUAUUUAUUAGGAUUUGUUUAAAUGAGAGUAUUUACAUGUCAAGCUAAAAAUAUCAAAAUAGCAUACCUAAUUAAAGAAGCCACAAAAAUAGAUUUAUAUAGGGAGCUUCAUUAAUUAGUUGGUAAAGAAAUAGACUUAGGUUUAACAUCACAAAAGCUACCAGACAGAGAAUGGUUGAUUAAUGUGCUCUAUUUUGUUUCCCCAAAUCAUUCGUAUUUCAAAUAACUCACCACUAAUCAGUUAAAAGGAAUAUCUUAAUAAGAUAUCUAGCAUUUGUAUAUUUAUAUACAUUAAAGGGUUAAAUAAAUAAAUGUUUAGAUCAAAAAGACUUAAUAUUUUUAAAACUCCAUUUGA